AUGGAGGAGCUUCUGAAAGAGAUGACAAAGCAAUACUAUAAAGUAAUGGGGAAGACUGCACCUGAGGAGAUCAACAACUUCAAUUUGAUUUCACUCGUUGGCAAACUGAGGGAAUGUCUACAAAAUAAGAGGUACGUUGUCGUUUUCAAUGAUUUUUGGGGAACUAUAAAGCAUGCUUUUACAGAUAAUAACGAAGGCAGUAGGAUUAUAGCCACAACACGUAAUUAUAAUGUUGCUUCUUCCUGCAAAGAGUUUUCAAUUGUUCAUAUUCAUGAAAUACAACCUUUAACUCCUGAAAAGGCCAUGGAACUCUUUUGCAAAAGGGCAUUCAAGUACUCCAUCGUUGAGGGAUGUCAACCAGAGUUGGAGCAACUAUCUGCCUAA